AUGAAAUCAUUAACUGAACUAAUUAUUAGAUGUGAUGAACAAGACGCUAAAUACAUAGGUGGAUUGAAACAAUUAACGAGGCUUACUAUUUAUUCCAGUCAUAUUCGUGAUAUUGGUAAAAUUAGUGAAUUGAAACAAUUGACCUAUCUCAAUGUUCCUGCGAAUGGUAUUUGGUGUUAUACAACUAAACAGGUAAAAGAAUUUAAACAAUUGACCACUCUUAUUAUUGAUCAAAAUCAAGUGGGUAGUGAAGGAUGUAAAUAUAUUAGUGAAUUGAAACAAUUGACCUCUCUUUCUAUUGAUGAAAAUUUUAUUUAUGAUGAAGGAGUAGAGUAUUUAAGUGAAUUAGCACAAUUAACAUAUCUUAAUAUUUCCAACAAUGGGGUUGGUAGUGAAGGAUGUAAAUAUGUAGGCAAAAUGAAACGAUUGACCUCUCUUGGUUUUUAUAACAAUCGUAUUGGUAAGGAAGGAGCUAAAUACAUUAGUACAUUGAAUCAAUUGAAACAACUUGAUAUUUCUCGAACUAAUAUUGGUGAUAAAGGACUUGAACAUAUUGGUCAAUUAUCACAAUUGACAAGUCUUGAUUUAUAUUGCAAUAAGAUUGGUAAUGGAGGAGCUAAAUAUUUAAGUGAAUUGAAACAAUUAACCUAUCUUAAUAUUUCUGAGAAUCACAUUGGCAAUGAAGGAAUUAAAUAUAUUGGUGAAUUGAAACAAUUAGUCAAUCUAAUAAUUAAUAACAAUAGGAUUGGUAAUGAUGGAGUUAAAUAUAUUGGAGAAUUAAAACAAUUAACCUAUCUUAAUAUUUCUGAGAAUCGCAUUGGCAAUGAAGGAAUUAAAUAUAUUGGUGACUUAAAACAAUUAACCAAUAUUAUUAUUUCUCGUAAUUGGAUUGGUAGUGAAGGAGCUAAAUAUAUUGGUAAAUUGUCACAAUUGACAAGUCUUGGACUUUCUAGUAAUAAUAUUGAUAACGAAGGAGCUAAAUAUUUGAGUGAAUUGAAAGAAUUGAGCUUUCUUAAUAUUGAGAGAAAUAAGAUU